AAUACUUUGUAUGCUAAACUUUGUCUCGUCUGAAAGUUACAAAAACUCUUCCAUGGUUUCAACACAAUAAUCCAGUUUCUAAUCCAGGUUUCUAGAAACUCUAUCUUUAGGGUCUCAGCACAUUUUAUUACUCGAUUUUGACAGGCCACAGGCUUAACUUCACCAACCCCAUUUUGAACUUUACUAGGAGUUAUUUGUUGGACACCCUUAAACUCUGAAGGAUAUACCAAAUUAUUUUGUUACAGCAACUAAUUAAACAAUGUUUCGCUAAAUAAAACAGGAAAAUGUUAAGUGUCCAGAGAAUGGUAUGGAAAUGGACAUCAAUGCAAGAUCCAACAAAUAAAUACGAAGAAAUAUAUCAUUGGAUAUUUUUAAUUCUUAAGUUUAUGAAACACUUGCCUGACUCAUUGUGCCUGACGUUUUUGGUAUUCCUACCAUAUUAUAUAAUCCCAAAAUCUUUUCCAGAUGUACUUUUUGCACUACUUUGACAUAAAAUCUCAUACAUGCACAUGUACCAGCACGUCACAUAAAUCUUUUGAGGAUUACCUGAGUAGAUGGGAGGUAAGAUGUUUUUCUUGCACAUUCACAAAAUAUUCCUUAGUGCUUUGGCAGGAUGUUUUCUAAAAGCAUUCAUUAAUUACUUUUUUGCAAAAAAAGUGCACUGUGCCAAAAUGAUUUUUGUAUCGAACAGACUUACUGUUAAAAAUGAUAGUGUUAAUCAUGGAGGAUCCAUGUGACACGAUGGCGCCAUUGUGCGGCGACGUCUCAGGUGUGCUCUUACCUGUGUUUUUAUGAUUGUUUGAUUGUUAUCAUUAUUUACUCACGCGCACACCGUUUAUGUUUAUGAAAAGGACACAUUACUGCACAUUCGAUCUUUUGUUAAGCCUGACCCCAAGUUUAACCUUGGAGCGGAGUUUAAUCACAUUCGUCGUCCUCUGCGCUGAGGGGACUGCAGGCUGCCGGCGGCGGCGCAGAAGGAAGCGUGGCAGGAGAGCUUAGUGUUCUCGUGCGUCUUAUGCCUAGUUCAAACAACACGAUGUUAGCCUGGUUUUUCAGUCGCCGACAGAAACGUGUGGUCGCAGGCAAAUCGGCGAUCACUUGGCGCGCGCUCAGUCGUGUCGUGUGAACGGCUGAAAGACGCUCGCCGAGUAGUCGCCGACUAAUCGCAGACGCCUGGCAAAUAUCUAGCAUGUUUAAUAUCCAGCACAGUGGGCGACUGUGCGUCAACAGCAGCGUCUAGCUACAGCCAAUGGGAACGCGUAGAGAGAAGCGCGUCACCGUUGAAGAUCUCUCUGCGCGCCAGUCGAGGAGUACACAAACAGAAUAACGGCUCUACUUGGACACAAGAAAUGGAGGAACAGUUGAUGGAGCUUUAGCAAGAGCACCAGUGCAUUUUUGACGUGUCCAGUGACCUGUACCACAACACGUGGUAUUCUAUGUGUGUAUUGCUAGUUCUCACGAGAGUUUAGUUUUCGUGUGUUCUCGUGUUUUUGGACAGCAGCCAGAUGAGUCGGCGAUUCCCCAGGGGCUGCGAAUGAAGAUGUAUCAUGUAUCUGUCACAUUAUGGGCAGUCUUAUUUGCAAUGUCAGGCGUACAUGGGGGAAAGGUAUUAGUGUUUCCUCUGGAUGGAAGCCACUGGGUAAAUAUGAAAGUCAUCAUUGAGAAACUCCACUCAAGAGGCCAUGACCUGACUGUGAUGCGAGCUUCUAACAGCUGGUAUAUUAAGGAGGAGUCUCCCUACUACACUUCAAUCACUAUUCCAAGUGAAGGCGGGUUUGAUGAGAAAUUCUUUGAUUCAUUGGUCGGACGGCUAUUGGAGAUCAGGAGAGAGGGGAGCUCUUUUUCUCGGUUUCUUCUUGAAUUAGAAAUCAUCUACAAAUUCAGUGACCUGCAUAAAGAUAUGACAAAGAUACUGACAAAAAUAUUUGAGGAUGAAGCCAUGAUGAAAUCAAUCCAGGACGCCAAGUAUGAUGUAAUCCUAGCAGAUCCUGCUGUUGGAGGUGGUGCAAUUUUAGCAUACCACUUUAAUAUUCCUCUGAUUUUCAAUGUUCGAUGGACGGUCCAUGGAGAAGGCCACUUUGCAAUAGCACCCUCUCCUCUCUCUUACGUACCUGUCCCUGGAGCAGAGCUAACAGAUAAAAUGACAUUCUUUCAAAGGGUUCAGAAUGUUUUGUUUUAUGUUUUUACCCUCUUCCAGGCGGCAGUGAUCGCAGAUCCUCACUACAAAGCCUUCUGUCAGAAGUACUUUGGGCCUGAAGUUGAUUACUUCUCCCUUUUUCAGGAUGCAGACAUCUGGCUCAUGAGAAAUGACUUCACUUUCGAGUUUCCACGACCCACAAUGCCAAACGUGGUCUACAUGGGUGGCUUCCAAUGCAAAUCCUCUAAACCACUUCCUGAUAAUCUAGAAAAAUUUGUUCUAAGUUCAGGUGAGCAUGGUGUCAUUGUCAUGUCUUUAGGGACAAUCAUAGGUCAACUUCCACAAGAUAUCACUGAAGAGAUAGCGGCUGCCUUUGCCCAACUGCCUCAAAAAGUCAUUUGGAGGUACACUGGACCUCAGCCUGCCACCCUUGGCAACAACACGUUGCUUGUGGACUGGAUGCCACAGAAUGACCUCCUUGGUCAUCCCAAGACUAAGGUGUUUGUAGCACAUGGAGGAACCAAUGGUGUUCAGGAGGCUAUUUACCAUGGAGUGCCCCUUCUAGGUCUACCUUUGCUCUUUGAUCAGCCUGAUAAUCUCUCUAGGAUGCGGAAAAGGGGAGCUGCAAAGCUUGUGGACGCUGCCACUUUGGACAAAACUGUGUUUUUGGACGCCCUGAAGGAGGUGCUGUAUAAUCCAUCUUACAGAGAGAACAUGCAGAGACUGUCUAGGUUGCAUCGAGACCAGCCCAUGAAACCUCUGGAUCGAGCAGUCUUCUGGAUUGAGUAUGUUAUGAGGCAUGGAGGUGCCCCUCAUUUGCGCACACAGUCUUUCAGAAUGUCCUGGAUGGCCUACCACUCUUUGGAUGUUAUGCUCACACUGCUGGGAGCCGUGUUCAUUAUUUCUUUGCUAACUUUUUUCUUGUUGAGGUUUCUCUGCUGUAGAUUAAGUUUUCAGAAGAAAAUCAAACGUGACUAAUAAUUGAUUGUCUGCUUUUCUUUUUUAUAUGGGAUCUUUUAUUUUUAAUGAUCCUGUGUACACAUUAUUCAGUUAUAUUAGUCAGUAUUUCCAAAAUAUACAGUUUUCUUUCCCAUUUUCUUAGGUGUGAAAUCAUUAGUCCUUAUUAGCCUACACUGAAAAAAAGAUAUCUAGGCAAGUGAAAUGAUCUUAAUUCUAUGUGGAUAUCUUUAAUAUUCUUAAUGUUGAGAUUGCUGUAAACUUAUUGCAAAAUUAUUUCUAAUAAUUUCUAAUUUCUAAUUUCUUAAUUCUAGACAUUUCUUUGUGUUUAUAGAGUAACACCACCUCACUAUAUUGGUAGAUAACUUUGCUUGUUUUUAGAAAUGUGCUUAAAACAAGCAAAAUUAUCUGCCAAUAUAGUGAGUUAAAUUUACUCAAAAUGACUUUAAAUGAUUACUCAACUUAUUUCUAGAUGUUUUUUAAUCUUAUUAUAUUCAUACAACCACCUCAAAAUGUGAAAUAACAGAUAUUGACACUUAUUUCCUUUGUUAAGAUACCAUUUUGCAAACUACACAUGUGCACCUCAUGUCCAAAAGUAUCCAGACACACCUUCUAUUUAGUGAAUAAAGCUACUUUAAGUGCUUUGCACUAAUUGCUAAAACCUU